AGUGACCUCAUCUGCAGUAUUUACAUACUGAAACACACUUCCACGCAGCUGUCAGAUCGACUUGUGCUCCUGUCUCUGUGUCAGGGCGCGAUGAUUUACCACAAACGUCCCGACAGAGUGACAUUUAGGAGAUUUAUCGCGAUUCGGACCGAAGAAUCUGAUGUGUAACUUCCUGUGAGAGGAUGCGCGAGCGAGAGAUGGCCGGUAACGUCCGGCACUGGACCCCGAAGCACGUGGGCCGCUGGCUGCGUGAAGAGGGCUUCUGUGAUUACGUGGACCUGCUGUGUAACAAACACCGUCUGGACGGAACCAGCCUGCUGACGCUGAGCGAGUACGACCUGCGCUCUCCUCCGCUGGAGCUCAAGGUCCUUGGAGACAUUAAACGGCUGAUGGUUUCUCUCAGGAAGCUGCAGAAGCAGAACGCAGACGUUUUAGAGGAGCUCGGUCUGUCCUACGACGGACACUCGCCUCAGAACAGCACAGGUGGAGUGGACUGGCUGUGUAACGGUGAAUCUGCGCGGGACUGCGACGCCGUGUUGGACACGUUGAGCAGCGAUCAGUAUCAUCAGUACAACAACGGCAAAUACAAGCAGCAGCCGCGGAGGCUGGACCCUGAGUACUGGAAGACCAUCAUCAGCUCCGUCUACGUGGUCUUCGUCUUCGGCUUCACGUCCUUCGUCAUGGUGAUCGUCCACGAGCGCGUGCCAGACAUGAGAACGUACCCGCCGCUGCCAGACAUCUUCCUGGACAGUGUACCCAGAAUCCCCUGGGCGUUUGCGAUGGCUGAGGCCUGUGGCGUGAUCCUGUGUUCUGUGUGGCUGCUAGUUCUGCUGCUUCAUAAACACAGGUCCAUCCUGUUGAGGCGCUUGUGUAGUCUCAUGGGGACGGUCUUCAUGCUGCGCUGCAUCACUAUGUUUGUGACGUCUCUCUCUGUCCCGGGUCAACACCUGCAGUGCACUGGGAAGAUAUACGGUGACAUGUGGGCGAAGCUGCAGCGUGCCGUGGCCAUAUGGAGCGGUUUUGGCAUGACGCUGACCGGAGUGCAGACGUGUGGAGAUUACAUGUUCAGCGGACACACCGUCGUCCUCACCAUGCUCAACUUCUUCGUCACUGAGUACACGCCGCGGAGCUGGAACUUCAUCCACACGCUCUCCUGGGUCCUCAACCUGUUCGGCAUCUUCUUCAUCCUGGCAGCACACGAGCACUACUCCAUCGACGUCUUCAUCGCCUUCUACAUCACCACCAGACUCUUCCUGUACUACCACACGCUGGCCAACACUCGCGCCUACCAGCAGAGCCGCCGCGCACGCAUCUGGUUCCCCAUGUUCUCCUUCUUCGAGUGCAACGUUAACGGACCUGUUCCUAACGAGUACUGCUGGCCGUUCGCUCGCCCCGCCUUCCUCAGACGCCUCAUCGGCUGAGUCCCGACAGACGCUGCUGAUUCUUGAGAUGCCGUGAUGUAGAGGAGGCUCCUCUCGAUCAGACGCGGACAGUAGUGAAGGAUUUUCACUCCGCUUUAAAAGUACUUUUCAAGUGUCUGUACUUUAUCUGAUUGUUUUUCUUUAGAAUACUUUACUUCACAGCAUUGCAAAGCAUAAUGCACUACUCUUUUCAUAUUAAAUAUCAUUUAAUACUUAAUUACAUUACAAGUCUAUUACUUUCUUAAUAUUACUCAAGUAAAAGUAAUUCAAAGAUUUACUUGAGUAUGUUAAGUAAUGUUCUUAAAAACAGCAACUUUUAUUUAUGAAAUGUAGUGCUGUAAAAAGUAUGAAAUUAUGCUUUGGAAUGUUGAGAAGUAAAAGUUUUUCAAAGAAAAACACUCUGAUAAACUACAGAUACUUUUUCAGUUUACUUGAGUAAAGUAAAAAUACUUCUACUGUCCACCUCUGCUCACGAUCAACACACACACACACACACACAACAACUGCA